AUGGCUCUCGAUCUUUGCAUCCACGCCUGCAUCCAGAAGCCGCGUCACCGACUCCACCCUCCGCCUGCCAACACGCCAUUACGAAUCCGAAUACAAGGGCCUCUCGAGACAACAGAAAAGCUACUUCCAGACGUAAAGUGGCACAAUAUCGUGUCAUUCCCACAGCCGGGGGGUGUAGAGCUCGCAAGGCUCACACACGAGGCGUUGUACGGCAGAGAGGUACACGCCGAGACCCGCUGUCGUCUGGUUGUGCGAGAUGAGUACUUGGCCUGGGCCAUGUCCGGAAGACGGCCAUUAAGUUAUAUUGACUACUACGGUGUUACAUUCGACCAUCUGGUUUCCCCCGAUGACCCUGACCCCGAAGUGCUUGUGAUUAACAUUAUCGAACUCGACUCUGUUGGUGGUAUAUAUUCCGAUGGAGACGCUGAGAUCGACGUCGCUGUUGGCCAGAAGCCGCUGUAA